AGCCGCACAACAUACAGCGCCAGUCGUCUAUCUUCCUCUUUCUUCAGGCCCUGUUUGUAGCCACGUGAUGUUGCGUCAACACAUGUUACCGACCUUGAACCAAGCCACGCGGGGAGACGGAGGCCGUGCAACGACGUUGUCGUCGUCUUCGACCAGCUGGCCCUCGGUCCAGAUCGCCGACCGGGCAUUUACGCAACACGGUAACGCGCAGCUCGCCAGGCGGUUUCCCUAGCGGUAUGCCUGUCUGCCUCGGCUGCGUAAAAGAGUUGCUUGCUAGGGAAAAGAAAAAGUGUAAACAAGCAAAAAGGAAGUCGGGACGGGCGUAGCGACCGCGCAUGCCUCGUCGAAGGACGAGUGCGCGUGGUCACUUGACGUCGCCGAAGCCGUCGAAGACCUGCGGCGUCAUGGGCUUCGUUGGAACCAAGCACGUGCUGGCCGUGAUGGUGGCUUGCUUCGCGGCUCACGUUUGGAUCCAGGGCUCGUCGGCCAUCGACAGCGUGGACCCGGACAUAUCCCGAAAUGUGUCGCAGAUCAUCGCCGACAAGGGCUAUCCCGUGGAGGAGUACGAAGUGGAGACGAGAGACGGCUUCGUGCUCUCGAUGCAGCGGCUGCCGAGGGGAGUCAAGCCGGCACCCAAGAAGCCAGCUGGAGCCAAGAAGGUCGUCUUCCUGCUGCACUACUUGCUGGGCUCGUCCGCUGACUGGGUCAUCAACUACCCGGAACAGAGCCUGCCUUACCUGCUGGCUGAUGCCGGAUACGAUGUGUGGCUCGGCAACGUGCGAGGCAACACCUACUCCCGGCACCUGCGUUACAAGAGAUACCAGAAAGAAUUCUGGGACUUCUGCUUCGACGAGAUGAUUUCGUACGACCUGCCGGCUAUGCUGGACUUCGUGCUGAACGCCACCGGAGAGCAGAAACUGUUCUACGUCGGGCACUCUCAGGGUUGCCUCGUACUGUUCGGACUGCUGGCCGAAAGACCCGAGUACAACGACAAGAUUGAACUGUUCGCUGCCAUGGCGCCGGUGACCACGGUGACGUACAUGAGGUCCCCCAUACGGCACCUGGCGCCAUUUGUGGAGAGUGCAGGGGCCCUGUUUGCCCUGUUCGUCGAGUACGACUUCCUGCCCAGCAGUCCGCUGAUGAGGCUCGUUGCCGGAACUCUGUGCCAGUUCGAGGAGUCGCGCAGUCUGUGCGAGAACGCCAUCUUCUUUAUUUGCGGACCAGAGGGCCCACAACUCAACAAGACUCGACUUCCCGUUCUCGUGAGCCACACUCCGGCUGGAACAUCGGUGAGAAAUAUGGCACACUACGCUCAGUUAGUGUUGAGUGAAAAGUUCCAGAAAUUCGACUUCGGCAGGACAAGGAAUCGAGCCCUGUAUGGACAGGCCGAGCCUCCCGAGUACAACCUGACGCGGGUGACGGCGCCCGUGGCGCUCUACUGGAGCGUCGGCGACUGGCUGGCCGACCCAAAGGACGUGUCGCAGCUGCGCGACAAGUUGCCCCGACUCGUGCUCGACUUCCGCGUGCGAGACCGCUCCUUCACGCACCUGGACUUCAGCGUGGGCGUCGGGGCACGCCACCUCGUGUACGAACCACUCAUGAAGGCCAUGGCCAGCGUGCGGGCCUUGGUCAACCACUUCUACCCGGACUCGUGAAGGGCAUUGCUUUACGAAUCGAGCCACACACGCGCGUGCUGCGGAAACAUUCGCAUACUGCAAAAGUCGUUCACUCAUGGGACAUGUACAAAGACCAAAGCAUAUAAAUAUAUUCCUGAACG